AAAGAGAUAUAUUUGCUCUGGGCAUGAAAAGAAAGUCCUUUCUAGUAUGUGGGUCAAAAACAAAACCCCUACCGACUCCGAGAGAGGGGAUAGCAGGAGAGACAAACAAAACAGCUUCGGAACACAUGAACUUUACCCAUGUGAAUCAAUAUUCAAGCCCUCGUCUCCCUGUUGAGCAAUGGGGCUAAAGAGGAGAGGGAGCUGAAAGACAGGAGAUACAAAGGGAGGGCUGAGUGAUGUCAUGUGUAAAGAAGGAGAUUCUCACUGGAAGCAAAAAGAGAGAAGAUUCCCAUGCAUGUUUUGUGAAAAGAAGAGGAAGGAACAGACAUCCUUCAGUUUGAAGCCAUCUUGGUCUGAUGCGGCUUGGACUUUGAGACGGCAGCUUUGAAUAUUAUAGAAGCUUUGGAAAAGAGUGGGAUGAUGUCCUCCAAACUGAAGUGGCUGAUUGUGAUGCAGCUUCUGCUGAAUGAAUUGGCCCUAUGCAGAGUUCCUCUUCCUUUGGUGCAAAGGAAAACUCUGCUUCCAAGGAUCCACAGUCACGAGAAGGCAGAGGGAGCCAAAAAGGAAACUCACUCUCUCCUGGGACCUGAUGCCCUGCCCGCCCUCACACCCACAGAACCCGGUUCACCAGAUUCCCAAAGAGAGGAGAGGGUCCGAUCCGCUGUACGUGUAACAUCCAUGCUUGGGACAAAGCUUCAGGGGAAGAUUAAAGAUCAUCCCCAAAUUCAGGGAAAUGUCAGCUGUGAGGAACUGCUGUCCGCAAGCACUGUGGAUGAUCCACUGUCCUCAGAACUUCCUCAGGAGCUGCUGGGUCUCACUUUAGUUCCUGUCUUGGUUCUGGCAGGCUGUCCAAAGGAGGCUCAGACCCUGGUGCUGAAGCUGUUCGAUCUUCUGGGGGAAACUGAUACUGAGGAGUUGCUGACAGAGGUGGAAGCUCUUAUUGCGCGGAGAAUAAGACAGUCCGCAUCAACAACAGCAUCCCCAUCACUAGCAUCACCCUCAGAGAAAGAAGAAUUGAGUCACCAUAUGGAUGCUGUGAUGUUUAAUAUUGAGCAACUGACAUUACUGGGAGAAGGCUCUUCCGUACAGGAGGGUCACUGUGAGGGUUGGACCAGGGUGAAUGGAACCAUGUUAGUGGGAAGAGCUGUGGAAGGAACCAUGGGACACCUGGGGGAAGCGGUGAGCAGCUGUGAGAGCCUGGGGCUCCUGUGUGCUGGAGUGACCAGUAGUGGGGCUCUCGCACCUGGGAUGUACCAAGCGGUUUUGAAGAAAGGGAGCCGCAUUUUCCCAUCCGCAUCCCCUGAGUCUGAGUGUUGGAUUCGCCAGUGCGGCUCCCAGGAUCAAGUCCUGUCCCCGACAGCUCCUGGUCAACGGAUGAAGCGCAGCCCCCAGAGGAGCUGCAUCAACAAAAAUGAGGAGCGUGUGUACAACGUCGUGGAGUGGAUCCCAGGCGUCAGCACCCUCUACAACCUUGGCACUGCUGUAUACUACGCCUCAGUUAACUGCUCAGCGACUGCCAAGGAGAGAGCCAUCCUCAGUGCUGUGGACCUCGGAACUGAUGCCCUGAUGGUAGCCACAGGUGGGACAGCUGGGGUGGCGGGCUAUGCUCUGGGUGCAGGGAUGAAGACGGGCGUGAAAGCUGGAGUCAGGUAUCUGCUUAACUCUAUGAAGCAAGAGGAUGAUGUGCUAGUGAACCAGAUCAGCUGGGAGGAGGGUGUAAUCACCAUCCAAUAGGGCUGAAGAAUUCAUAUAUCAGCCUUUGAAUCUUUUAAAUGAAUAUUGCCAUACAUUUUAAAGAGAGAAGAUCUGAAUUUGUUCUCUGAAAAAUUUGCAAAGCAACAAAAUAUCAUUGAAGUUGAUUAGUUGCAAUAUUGUAAUAAGCUGACUGUGAAACUUACAUUUUAGGUUCAUUUUAGAUUGCUUUUGUUCAAACGGCUGUGCACGCUUAUUUAAUAUACACACAGCGCAAGAAUAGCACAAAUAGGCCAUUCAAGAUUUUCCACCCUCAUGAUAAAUUUCUCUCUCAUUUGUAACAUUUUAUUUGGGGUAAAAUGCAACUUUUUACAAAGGGAAAGCUACAUUGUAUUUACCUGAAGUGUUGUUUAAAAAAAAAAGUAUAUUCAUCCAAAUACCUUCUAUACUAUACUUAGACACAUAUAAUCAGUGCUAAAUUGUAAAUGAUCCUCAUAAGUAUAACCUCAGAAAAAUAGAAAAAUAGCUUUACGCCUGUGUUUAGAAAUAAUAUGCUUGUGUUUAAUGAAUACAGUAUGUGGACAAUAUAUCAUGUUAGGCAGCAUCACUGAAGAACUGGUCUCAGGAAGCUACAUCUUCUACCUUCAUAAUUUAGCAUUUUAUCUCUUUGUUUUCUCUGUUUAUCAACAGCUCUGGUGUAAUUGCAGAGAGUGGAUUAGAAAAAAUAUUUUUUUGCAGGAAUCUGACAGUUGUUUAAAUGUUGUGAAAACUGUAUAUGAAAUUUGAAUGCAAGUUUUCUCGAUCAGUGGGCAAAUAAAGUAUGAUCGUGUUAUUUUUCCUGAAGCUUGGUUCGAAACAAAAACAAGAUCUGCAUAUUUAAAAAAAAAACACCUUCAUUUUCAAGGAAUUAACUGCCUUAACUCACUUUUAUAUGAAGCUAAAUAGAUAAUGGUUGGGGUAAAGUCAUGCUUUAUAUAAGUAAACUUACUUAUUGUCACAAUAACAAAUGUGAGUUGAUAGAAACUGAGAAGCAAAAAUAAAAUAAAGAAAUGCCUAUUGAGCUUUGGAGGAGAAAGGAAAUGUAUGUAAUGCAUGAAAAAUCAAUUAUAACAGAAGAUAUUGAUGAAGAAUUAACCACUCAAAUCACAGAUCUAUGUGUCAGUUUUAACCCGAACUAAACCGAAGUGGCUGUUGUCUUUCCUAUACAUCAAUGGCUCAGUCUAAUGCAAAAAAGCCCAGACAUGCAAAUUAAUGACAUCCAUGCAUUACAUGACAGAUCCGGCACAAUGUUAACUUCUAUAGCCUGAACAAAAUCAUCCGACAUCAUUCUGAAGCCAAUAUUUAUUUGUUACUGAUGCAACGUCACCAAAAGCCACAAUGAUCACCAUGAUAGCAAAUUUAAGAGAAACAAAUGAAUUUAGCUCCUUACAUUUUCAGCCAACUGAAAACGGGGUAAAUCUCAAUGAAAAUCUACAAUUACAUUGACACUUUUUGUAAAAAGUCUGCACAGACAUAAUUCCUUUAUUAUUUUAGAUUAAUCAGUCAGAUUCUGAACUCCUCCUUUUCUUUUCUUUUCAUUACAGUACUGUGUUAUAUUAAAUAUUCAAAUAAAACGUAGUGUCAUAUCACUCUACAAUGU